AAGCCCCAGUGGCAGCUGCCAGAGCCCAUCACAACACCUCCCCACAGCAUGCCGGAGGCUAACUCUGGUGUCAUCUUCCUACCAAAAACCAUGAGUCCAUUCAUCCUGGUGGCCACCCUUGCAGCCACCCACCUGUGUAUCAACUGAUCUUUCUUGAUACCCACAGGUCCCAGAACCCAGGAUGCAUUCUGUCUGGAGGCUCCUGGUCCUCCUCGGCUUGCUGGCCUUGCCCUCAGCCCUACACAAGCCACAGCAGCCUGGCCUGGCCAAGACCUACACAGACAGCAAGUCGGCUCUGGCAAGAAGACAUCAUGCAAUGUCACUGGUGCCAUGUCCAUUUCCAGUUAUUGCCCAGGGCCUCAUGAAGCACGAUACAGAGGGCCGAAUCCAGAACAUUCACCUCUUGGACAGUCUGAAUGCCUCUGGGCAGAUGGCCCCGGGGAUGGUGGGCUGGCUAAUCGGCAGCACGAGCCUUCAUCACCAUCAAGAAGGCAGUGCCAACAUUACCAACGUUCAGCUGGACUAUGGUGGGAUCUGGAUGUCUUUCCAUAAGGAGUGGUUCACAGCAAACAUCUCACUUGGAUUUGAUAUUGACUUGAGACUGCCCUUCAAUAACCAUAUCAUAAAGACACACGAACGCAUGAACCUCUCUGUGGAGUUCUGGCUGGAGAAAGAUGAGUUUGGCCGGAGGGAUUUGGUGAUAGGCAAAUGCCACGUGGAGCCCAGGAGUGUCCACACAACCUUCCUCACUGAAGCUAUCCCACCAAAUGUGAAUCCUUUUCUCCGCAACUUCAGAGACAACCUGGAAAAAGUUAUCCCACAUCUGAUAGAAAGUCAGGUGUGUCCUCUGAUUGACGAGAUACUCAGGCAGCUGGAUGUGAAACUGUUGAAAAGCCUCAUGGAACAGGACACUGCUUAUGAACUCAACCAACUUUGAGUCCAGCCAACCUUCCAUGAACUAGACUUGAGUGCCCUCCAGCAGCCACUGAUGAUUAGAGGGAAAUAACACACUUGGAGACCUUAAGUCUCCCUUACAGUGGGGCUUCUGAUGCCCCAAAAACUUGUACCACAGGUUCUAUGGAUAUCCUGUCCUCUUCCAUAAUAAAUUCUAACUCUGAAGAGUG